AGUGCCUUUCCAAAGGGCACAAGAUCGGUGACACGCCGGCAGCCGGAUUCGAACUCCGAUUGCGCCUCGCGAUCUCACUGAGCUUAUCGUGAAUUUCAACCAGCUGUAGACUUUGUCCGAGUGUCUGGACAUCAGAACUUGUGAAUUCUAGACAUCUUUAAUGAAAAAAAUCAAUCUCCCUCUUAUCUUCAGUCAAGCUUCAAUUUGUCAAUAACGUUUACCCAUUGUUCGGCACAUCCCUUUGGCAAGACGUGAAGGUCUGUUUGGUUCAAUAGGCAAGGCCAAGGGUCGGACGCCAGUGAGGCAUUGUUAAUGUCAAGAUGGUGGCGUAUCUUUCCCCCUUUACCUGGGGCCUGAUAGUCGCCGUUCUAGUUCCCCUCUCCGUGUACUUUUAUCUGAACCGUCGAAGAGGCAAUUUCCCACCCAGUCCGCCUGGUAGUUGGCCGAUCCUCGGGCAUCUUUUUGCGUUGGGCCGAGAGCCCCACCUGCAGCUCACGGAGUGGAGUAAGCAGCAUGGCGACGUGUUCAGCAUUCGGCUCGGGAUGGAAGACGUGGUCGUCUUGAACGGAGGGAGGACCAUCAAGGACGCUCUUGUGGAGGCCCGGCAUGCCUUCUCAAGUAGGCCGGAUGUGUACGUACUUGACGCCAUCACAGGCUUCGGACAAAGUAUUGCUACGGCAAGAUGGACCGACGAAUUCGUGCUGCGCAGAAAACUGUCCUACAACAUUCUGAAAUCCUUGGGGAUGCGGCUCAGCCCCGGUCAUGCUGAGGACGUUGUCCUCGAGGAAGCCGAUUGUCUCUGCCAAAAGAUACAAUCAUACAACGGCGAACCAUUUGAUAUUGUGGAAGUAUCAAAUGCUGCCUUUUCCAACGUGGUGUGCUCCAUGGUUUUCGGCCGCCGAUUCGACUACGACGACUCCAAGCUGAGCCAGCUUCGCCGCAACGUGAAGGACAUAGCGAGGGCCAUCAGCAGCUGCCAGAUCCUCAGCCUGUUCCCGAUCCUGCGCUUCCUGCCACUUGAGAACCAAUCCGGUCGAAAGGCAAUCAGGCUUGCCGAGAUGCUUCAGGCUUUCAUCCGAGAGGAGGUGGAGAACCAUCGCGCCACGCUGGACCUGGCCAACCCGCGGGACUUCAUCGACUACUGCCUGUUGGAGCUGGCCAAACCCAACCCCGCGGGUGGCUUCACCGAGGAACACCUGGUGUACUUCGUGGCCAACCUGUUCACGGCUGGAACUGAGGGAGGCAGUAUGACGUUGGCCUGGGGGGUUCUUUACAUGAUCCUGAAUCCAGACAUCCAGACAAAGGUACAGGAGGAACUGGAUCGUGUGGUCGGAAGCGAUGGUGGUCUUCCAUCCAUACGCCACCGCCUGCAGCUGCCCUACGUGGAGGCGACUGUCCUGGAGAUCCAGCGGAUCCGGCAGGUGAUUCCGCUCAACCUGCCGCACGCCACAACCACGGCCGUCAACUUCAGAGGGUAUGACAUACCGGCCGGAACACAGGUGCUGACUAACCUGUGGUCAGCUCACAUGGACCCGGAAGUGUGGACAGAUCCGGAACGUUUCCGACCGGAGCGUUUUCUGGACCGGGAAGGACGAGUCAUCAGCAGCACUGAGUCGUUCAUGCCCUUCUCUGCAGGUGAUCGACUGUGUCUUGGAGAGAAGCUGGCCAAAGUCGAGCUGUUCCUGCUCUUCUCUUCCCUGAUGCUACGCUUCAAGUUCAUGCUACCGGAGGGCGAGCCGAAACCUUCGACGAAAGGACGCUGUGGAUUCACUCUGACCCCUCCGCCUUUCAAGUUGUGCGUUCUCCCCCGAUAGAAAAAUAGCUAAAGCAAGCGGCUUUUUAAUAGCCUCACACAGCAGGCGCAUAGCCAGCCAAACAACAGUCGAUACCAAACUCGAUAAACACCUAAAAAAUAAUCGUGAAAUGUAUUUGCUUCCUCUACCGUAUGUCUCGUCAAUGGAUUACAGCACACAAAAGGAAAUUUAAUGACUGAGUUUUCGUUCAUUUCUGCAGUAUGUUUAUACAUGUAUAUGUUAUGUAUUUUAGUGUCAUUGCAUGUCCCUGUCCGUCGUGUGCUAUUGUAUUGAUGCAUUUCUUGCAUAGGACCGCAGACAGAUGAAGGUGUAUAGUUCGUUUAAGGUCAACUAUUUGUUUUUUUAUAUAAUCAGAUAGCUAGCACACAGAAAUCGCUUUAGGGUUUAAAUAUGUUACUUAGAACAAGGAGGCUGUAUGCAUAACCCCAUAAAAUGCAAAAUGUUGAAGACAUGGCUUAUCUUAUCACCACUAUCAAACUGAUAUAUUAGCCAUAUUCAAGGUAGUUGCCAGUAACUAUAAGCUUCCAGUAACUAGUACUAAAAUACACAUAGACCUUUCCAGAUGAUUACCUUUAUAAUGGCACCAAGAAACAUUGGCUUGCUCGUUUGUUUGUUUUUGCAAUCUAUUAACAAAUCUUAUGUGGCAUUUGAUUCAUGGUGAUAACCCUUAAAAAUAAUGUAGCUUAUGAACACAAUUCUGGAGCCUAGGUGGUUUGGGAAUAGUUUAGACCUAAAUAACAGUAUUUCGCUUAAUCGUUUUUCAUUGCAAUUGGUUUAACUAGAUGUAUAUGGACAAUGAGUGAUGAAUAAAAGAUUCUACUAACUCUUUGUAACAUUGUGAGAUAAUGCUUGAUUGUUACUGGCGUUUGUUCGUCUAGGCCAAAUCCUGUGUGACUGACCCGCCUUUUUACCUUUUUGAGGAUGUGACAUCUAGAACAUUAAACAGGAUAUAUCGCUUUGCCACAUCCUGCCACGGUGUCCAGUUGACCGCAAAAGGGACCGGAUACCGAGUACGCAAUGUGUGUCUAUGCAAAAUAACAAAGGUUGACCUUUCAUAUUGUCAAGCAUAUUUUUUGUCAACAACAAUC